AAAUAAAUUGGUUCAUCAUUGCUUGACUGACGCAUAUGUACAUUGGCCUACUCUUUUAGUGCUCAUUAAGGAUGCGGUUUCGGACGCAGCCACUGUCUCUGUUACUUUCUUUAUGAGACUGACAUCUAGUGGACUCUUUAUUAUAUGACUGGAACUCAUGUUUGCACACGUUUCAUAACCAGAACCAGGAAGUUCUCGAGUUCAGGAAAACUGAAACAAAAUCGUUGUCAGGUUUUUGUAUGUUUCUUCUUUUCAAAAAUGGCAGAAGCCAGUGUUUCUUUGUUUCAGGAUCAAUUCAGCUGUUCAAUCUGUCUGGAUCUACUGAAGGAUCCUGUGACUAUUAACUGUGGACACAGUUACUGUAUGAGCUGUAUUACAGACUGCUGGGAUCAAGAUGAUCAGAAGAGAGACUACAGCUGCCCUCAGUGCAGACAGACCUUCGAUACAAGACCUGUUUUAGGUAAAAACACCAUGCUGGCUGAAGUGGUGGAGAUACUUAAGAAAACAAAACUACAAGCUGAUCGACCUGAUCACUGUUUUGCUAAACCUGGAGAUGUGAAGUGUGACGUCUGUACUGAGAGGAAACACAAAGCUGUCAAGUCCUGUCUGGUGUGUCUGAACUCUUACUGUCAAAAUCAUCUUGAACAACAUGAGAAAUUCUUCAAAGGCAAGAAGCACAACCUGAUAGAUGCCACUGGACGACUUCAGCAGAUGAUCUGCUCACAACAUGACAAAAUGCUUGAGAUUUACUGUCGUACUGAUCAGCUCUGUAUAUGUUAUCUGUGUAUGGUGGAUGAUCACAAUGAACAUAAGACUGUAUCAGCUGCGGCAGAGAGGACUGAGAAACAGAAAGAACUCAAGGAGACACAGAGAAAAUCCCAGCAGAGAAUCCAGGAGAGCCAGAAGAAGCUUCAGGAGCUGAGAGAUGCUGUGGAGACUCAUAAGCGCUCUGCACAGACAGCAGUGGACGACACUGAGAGGAUCUUUACUCAACUGAUCCAAACCAUUGAGAGAAGACGAUCUGAGGUGACACAGCUGAUCAGAGAUCAGGAAAAGACUGCAGUGAGUGAAGCUGAAUGACUCUUGAAGCGAUUGGAGCAGGAGAUUGAUGAUCUGAGGAGGAGAGACGCUGAGCUGGAGCAGCUUUCACACACAGAUGAUCACAUCCAUUUCCUCCAGAGUUUCCAGUCUCUCUCUGUUCCUCCUGGAUCUACAGACUCACUCAACAUCACUGUCAGUUCUCUCCUCUCUUAUGAUGAUGUAGUGAAAUCGGUGUCUCAUCUAAGAGAGAACCUGGAGGAUUUCUUCAAAAAGACAGAAAAGAUAUCUGACAGAGUUACCCUUGAACCCAAGACCAGGAAGGAGUUCCUACAAUAUUGUCAUCACUUCACUGCAGAUCCAAACACAGCACAUAAAUGGCUCUGUCUGUCUGAUGGGAACAGAGUGAUUACUAAUACUGGCAGAGUCCAGCAGUAUCCUGAUCAUCCCGACAGAUUUAAUAAAUACCAUCAGGUGUUGUGUAAUGAGAGUAUGAGUGAACGCUGUUACUGGGAGGUUGAAUGGAGUGGAAAUGUGCGAAUAUCAGUGUCAUAUAAGAGCAUCAGCAGGAAGGGAGGGGGUUAUGAGUGUUUGUUUGGAUUUAAUGAUCAGUCCUGGAGUUUGUGCUGCUCUGACGUCGGAUACACAUUCUGGCACAAUAGCGUUAGUAAAAAACUCUCUGGAAUCUCUGGAUCGUCUAGAAUAGGAGUGUAUGUGGAUCACAGUUCAGGAUCUCUGUCCUUCUACAGCAUCACUGACACAAUGACCCUCAUCCACAGAGUCAACACCACAUUCACUAAACCUCUCUAUCCUGGGUUUGUGGUUAUUAGUAAAUCAGUGAAACUGUGUAAUGUAACAAAAUAGAUCAUACAGAUAUUCUUCAAUUGAUAUUGUUAAAA